UCAAGAUCGGUGAACAGUUGGCAGUGCAGAUAUGCUGUUGUCACAACCUUCCAACGAGUAGUGUGGUCAGGAUUGAAUUGGUAUCAGCCUCGAAUGCGUUACUGAAGUUGUAGGAGACCGCAGACUCGACGACCUGCUAACUAGACGAACGCACCGUUACGAUUCUGGCGGACAUCUUUCGUGUGAAAUUUCGCUCUUCGUACCGAUGUUGGAGCAGUGUGUACAGCGUACGUGCAGGCGCGUCGCCACGGGUUAGCCCGCAGUUACGAUCGUCUCGCUCUUAGGACACAGUGAUCCCUGUGACCUGCUCGUGCGCCAUGCAUAGGUUCAUACGCCGCCAUAUUCGUGGCAUUGCGCCAUUAAUGGUCGCCUGUCUUUUACUGAUGAUCGUCGCGAGGCGCUUCUCUUCGCUCGAUUCCGUCGAGUCCGAGAAAACGACAACGCACGCCACAGUAGUGCGCGUGAAGCAGCAGGAACUGCACCCACGACUGCCACCCGCCCGUGUGAGAAAUGCUACGGUGAAAGUGGCGAUCGCUAGGCAUCCCGUUCAUGCUCCCAUCAAAAACUACAAAAAACCGGACCCCACCAACCGAGUCACGGAUUUCUGGCAGCCAGUCAACGGCACUCAGUUCAAAACGAGACUGUUUUCGGCUUACUACGACACGAGGGGACAACGCCGUGUGACCGUCGUCGGCGUCGCCUCGUUCCGCCACCGGCCGGUGCUCUACUGCGUGCUGUGGUACAACGACACGGUGACGGCCGGCGUGCGGGCGACUUCUGUGCUCAUCAUGGAACACUGGAACAUGAACUACACGGCGAUUUACUUCGACUGCAACCUACGCGCGCGCGACCCCGUGCCGAACGCCGUGUCGCUCGUGUCACACGCCGACGACACGUCGCCGAGUAACUACGCGCGCGUGCACAAGCACGCCGACACGCCAGCGCCGCGUAACGGUCGCUUCUCGGUGUGCAUCAAGCCGCUGCACUACAACUACGGCGACACGCUGCGACUGGCCGAAUUCGUCGAGUUCCACCGCACGAUGGGCGCCGAGUUCUUCACCUUCUAUAAUCACAGCGUGAACGCCGACGUCACCGCGCUGCUACAGUACUACGUCGAGCGCGGCGUCGCCGAGGUGUUGCCAUGGCAACUCGACAUCAAGUCGCAGCGGGAGAUCCGCACGGAGAACAUGUUCGCGGCGUUGAACGACUGCCUGUUGCGCAAUCAGCGUCGCUACGAGUACCAGGUCGUCGUCGACGUCGACGAGUUCAUCGUGCCCCACCUCGCCGACGACGCCGACUACACGCAGCUGCUGCGGCGGCUCACGGCCGUGAGAGAGGACGCCUACUACGUCGGUGCCUACUGCUUCCGAAACACGUUCUUCUACAGCGAGUGGCCCGACGACGCGGCGGCGGCGACGCUGCCGCUGCACCUGACGACGCUCGCGAAAACCAAGCGCACACAGAAGACGUGGCCGCGCGGAAAUCGCUCCAAGUGCAUCGUACGCGGUGCCGACGUUACGAUCAUGGGCAACCAUCUACCUUGGCGGUUCGCCGACGGUCGGCAGUUCAGCAUUGUCGAGGAAGGCGUCGCUCUGCUGCAUCACUAUCGCGUCUGCGAGUACGACGGACACGACUGCGUCAAGACGGCGCCGGCCGUCGUCGACGCGACGGUGUAUCGCUGGAAGGACGAACUGUUGCGUCGCGUUGCGACGGUGUUAGCGGCAGUCACAUCCAGCGGCAGCUGACCGCGGAGACCCCGUUAGAGUGCCUUUAUGUAGUAUUUAUAUGGAAUAUAUCACGGGUGAAUAAUUACAAACAAUUGUCGUUAUUCAAAAUUUUUUUUGUCAUUAUUCACCCCUGAGUAUAUUAUGUCUCCAUAGAGGAACUCUAGUCUUCGUUAGAAUCGCUUUAUGUAGAGUGCUAUAUAGAAUAUACAUCUAUAGGUCUGCCUGGUCUGGAUAGCAGUUGGUUGCAGCAUAUGCUGGGUAGAGCUUCCACCACAUGGUUUAUAGUUUAGACAUAUUGCAUUUUAUGACGUAACAUUUCUCAGAAGAACUUCCGCAUUUGUUCAAACGAUGUGAUAACCAUUACCGGUCCCUGGUCACACUACGUAGUCUUAUUUAUUGUGUUGGGAUGCCUCUAGGAAUUUAUGCCAUAAAUGAUAGGCGUUGUUUAAGAUUACUUACCUUCUUUCAAAAGCAGAAAUAAACAUAUAGUAUUAAAAUAACACAAGAUUUCUAAAGCGGCCAGUUGUUUAUCACUGCUUCAUCAUCACGAAUAAUGGCUUACCCACGCACCCGGCUUUUCUUUCUGUAAUUUAGUAAAUAAUAGAGACGGGUGUAUAGAACUUGUCAUUUGUUAUAAUUUGUCCUGCAUGUUGCAUCACGCACUGUUAUCCCGCAACAUCUUAUUACUUCAGUAAUUCAUCUUCUAUUAUAACCGUGUGAAAAUGGCGCCCUGUCGAGACAGAUCUAUGUAUACGCGCUAGUGACGUUUAAGUGAAUAUAUUAUAUAUCAUGAAUCAUGGUUACAACGCUUGGCUACAGGCUAUUAUGAGAUUGAGAUUCUUCAAAGAAAAUUAUGAAUUUUAACAGAAUUAAUGCGUUUAUAAUGAAUUUAUGAAUGUGGUGUAGCAGGAAGAAUAAUUAAGUGCAGGAGAAGAUAUAAAUAUAAAACGUAUGAUAAGCGGAGAUCAAACGCCCUGUCAAUGACAGACUGGCAUAUGCAUUCAUUCAGAGAGAUUAGACUUACUUGCAUACAUAGCCUACUCACGGCUAUCGCUCAGACGGUUGCUGCAGGAAUGCAUAUUAAAUAUGCUCAUAUAAAUAAUGUAAUUAUCCACGUGA